AUGUCUAAACCUCAUAUUGAAAUAGCAAAACAGUUAAAACAAAACUCUGUAGAAAUAAAAGAAUAUUUUGAAGAUUUGUACAGAUGGCAAAGUGAAAUUGAAACAAAAGAAGAAAAGGAAAAAAAAGAAGAAGAAAAAAAAAAACAUAUAAAUAACUAUUUAAAAGAAAAAGAAUUAGGGGAAAAUGAUAACACACAUUUGUGUAAUAAAAAUUUAAAAAAGAAUAAAAAAGAAAAUAAGAACAUUUCUCUUAAAAGGGAUUGUAAUUCUAUAGAUAGUUAUUAUAAAGCAUGGGAUAAGUUAAAAAUGGAUGAUAUUGAAAAUGAUUCAAAUGAUAAUGAUGAUAAUAACGUGAAUAAUUUUAAUGAGAAUACUGUUAAUAAUAUUUAUAACGAUAUCAAUAAUAUUAAAUGUGAUGAUGAAACAAAUGAAAAUAACAAAAAAAUGAAAAGCAUUAAUGGAACAAUGAAUGAAAAUGAUACAAAUAAAAAUAAUUCAAGUCAUAAAAUAGAUGGAAAAAAUAAUGUAGAUGCAAACAUUGAUGUUGAUUAUGAAAUAUCUGUUUCAAAAAGUUUAGAUAAUAUAAAGAAUGAGCACAUCGUAAAAUUUCAAUCGAAAGUUUACAAUAUUUAUUUUAGUAAAAGCGAAGAGAGCAAAAUAAAUUAUCAGAAUAAAAAAUAUAAUAAAUGUCUAGAAAACUAUAAUGAUAUAAUAAAUUAUAUUGAUUAUGAAUUAAGAAAUAACAAUAUAUUUAUAGAAAUAGAAAAAAAUUGUGAUAAUGAAACAUAUAUAGAAAUUAUGUCAAAUAAUUAUAUCUUUGAUAAAAAAGUAGAAGAAUUACUUAUACUAAGAACAAAAACACUUAUAAACAGAUCAUUAGUAUUUCAAAAAUUAUCAUCUUAUUUUGAAAGUAUUCAGGAUUGUUCUUCUAUAAUUUUAUUUUAUAAAUAUUUUUUACCAAAUAAAAAGGAUUGUAUUGAAUAUUCUGUUAAGGAAUUUCUUUCAAUAAAUAUUAAAUAUAUUAUUUUCAAAGCAUAUUAUUUAAGAGGUAUGGCAAGAUAUAAAUUAAAAAUUUAUAAAUUAUGUCUCAAAGAUUUUACAAAUUCUAAGGAAUUAUCUAAUGAAUUAUAUGGUUGCAAAUCUAUAAACAUUGAUAAUUCUAUUCAACAUGUAGAAAAUAUAAUAAAAGAGAACAAUAUAAAAAAACACAUAAGAAGACAAAACGAAUAUACAUCUACAAUGUUAGAACAAUAUAAAUUAACACCAAGACUUCUAAAAAUUGAAGUCAUACCAAAAAGUAGCAUGAGGGAAUUAAAAUAUUUUGAAAAUAAUAAUGAAAUAGAUGGUAAUAACGAACACAAUCAUAUUUCAAAAAUUAAGGAAAAUUGUAUAUCUAAUACAAAUAAGGAUAAUAAUACAAAAGGAAUAAAUGAAAAACUUGGAAAAAAUGAAAAUCAGGUAAAUGAAUUUAUUCAAAAUAAAAGUUACGAUGUAAAUACUUUAAAUAAAAAAUCUAAAGAUAAUAAUGAAAAUAAUUUAAAAAUUAAUGAAGAAAAUGUUGAAAAUAAGAAAAAUGAUGUUAAAUUAUUAAACAGUGAACAUAUAAAUAGUGAUUCCAGUUUAGAAUUAUCAGAAAAACCCAUUUUAAGUGAUAUAGAAGAUACAAAACCUUUAUUGUUAACUUUAUCUAAUGAAAAAAGUUGUGAAAAAAUUAAAAAUAAAAUUAAUUUUGAACUUUUAUGGAAUUCAAAUAAAAUAAAAAAAAAUUUAAAGAGUCAGAUUGAUAUUUUAAAAAUCGCCUUUUUAGUGGAAGGAAUAUUUAAUUUUUAUUUGGAUAAAGAUGUUUAUGUGGAUAUAUUGGAUUCUUUAUUCAAAAAUAAUUUUUUAGAUUUAUUUGAAGAUACUAAAAAUGAUAAAGAAAUUAAAAAACAUUUGGAAAAAAAGUAUGAACAAGACUGCUCAUUUAUUAAAAUGAACACACAAAAUCAAGAAGAUUUAUUUAAGGAAAAUGAAUAUUCAAGGAAAGAGAAAAUUAAAAAUACACACGAUGAAAAAAUUGAUUCAAAUGAUUAUGUGAUAUUAAUAGAUAUAUUAUACAGUAUGACAAAUUAUGGAAAAGAUAGUUACGUUUUUUUAUUUAUUGACAAAAAAGAAAGGAUAUUAUUACAAAAUUUUUUCUCUUUUAUUCUUAAAUACCCAAAUAUUUUUAUUUGUAGUGAAGAAUGCAUUAAGCAGAAAACUUUAUUAAUGAAAAAUUUACUUGAAAUUAUAUAUUAA